UUCAUGUCAAGCAAAAGUAAGGUAAGCGUGGUUUCUAGCACGGCCAGUCAAAGUAAUGCUUCCAACAUCAUUAAUGAGUGCCGUCGCCAGCUCAGAAGGAUUGACAAGCGGUUGAUGGAAGUCCAAGGUCAUAUUCGCAUCAAUGACCUUGAAAAUGCGAAGUUCAAGAAUCAACAUGAACUUCUACAAAAAUUGGAAAGGCUGCGUUUAUUGAUUUUGGGUCAAGAUUCUCCAACUCCUGAGGAAAAGUCUGUUUUGGCUGCUCUUGAAUCAUAA